UUUAAUGCAAUUCAGCCUUCCUCAAAUUUCAUUUUGUUCCUCACCCAGUCACCAACCCCGUUGUCCGGAGCCACCAUUUUGCGCUCCGGCAAUGUUCUUCCCGGUGGCCAUCGUCCCUUAAACCCACCACACUUCAAAGUCAUGGGUAUUCCAUGGGACGACGUCGUUGUGAUCCAGCAAGGGAAGGAUCACAAUGAGCCCUGCAUCGUCACCGUCAAUUGCCCCGACAAGGCUGGUCUCGGCUGUGAUCUUUGCAGAAUCAUCCUCGAGUUCGGUCUCCGCAUUACCCGUGCUGAUAUUUCCACGGAUGGAAGAUGGUGCUACAUCGUCUAUUGGGUUCUUGCACAUCCAGCAUCGCUCAACGUUGAUUGGGAGAGUUUGAAGACUCGGCUCCUUUCAGCUUGCCCUUCAUGUUUGCUUUCCUAUCACUUCAAUCAGCACUCCACUAGUCCUUCACCGCCUCCGAUUUACCUGUUGAAGGUUUGGUGUGUUGAUCAAAAAGGAUUGCUACAUGAUAUUAAUGAAAUCCUGUGCAACCUUGAACUUAUUAUUCAGAGAGUCAAAGCGAUGCCAACCCCAGAUGGAAGGGUGUUAGACAUGUUCUUUAUCACUGAUGGGAUGGAAUUGCUUCACACCAAAAAGAGGCAAGAUUAUGUAUGUGAAUAUCUGAUGGAUGCUUUAGGAGAGAGGUGUAUCUCCAGUGAACUUCAGUUGGCUGGGCCUGAAUACGGACAUUUGCAGGGAUUUUCUUCUCUUCCACCAGCUUUUGCUGAAGAGUUAUUUAGUUCUGAGCUGUUAGACAAGUUGUCUUUGCAUCCUCUCAGCCAAGAUAUGACAACACUGAAGACACCUACUGUUACUGUGGAUAACUCACUGAGCCCAGUUCAUACCCUGCUUCAGAUACAAUGCGUUGAUCAGAAGGGCUUGUGUUAUGACAUUAUGAGGAUUUCUAAAGACUCUGAUAUUAAGGUUGCUUUUGGUCGAUUUUCUUCAAGUGUGAAAGGCUUUCGGAAUAUAGACUUGUUUGUCCAGCACAACGAUGGGAAAAAGAUCAUAGAUCCUGAAAGCCAGAAAACCUUGUGUUCAUGCUUAAAAGAAGAGAUGCUUCAUCCGUUGCGGGUGACGAUAGUGAACCGGGGUCCAGACACAGAACUUCUGGUUGCUAAUCCUGUGGAGCUGAGUGGAAAGGGGAGACCCCGUGUAUUCUAUGAUGUUACGUUGACUUUAAAAGCGUUGGGAGUAGGCAUUUUCUCGGCUGAAGUUGUUAGACAUUCAACACAAGAACGUCAAUGGGAAGUGUAUAGAUUUUUGUUGGAGGAAAGCCGUGACUUUCCAUUGACCAGAAGCCAAGCAAGAACUCAGAUUGUUGACAAAGUUAGAAGAACACUGAUGGGCUGGUAAUCUGGUUCAGUAUCAAAUGAAAAGGCACUUUCCGUUCAGUUUUUAUGUUAAAUAUCAAUUUGGUUUACCGUUUGAAUAUGGUUAAGUUAGCAGGGUAUCUAAUUAACGACAAACAUAUACUUUUAGCAUUGUACAUCAUCUUAUGUUUCUUUUAUUUGGCUUUAGUGAAAUUUUUUUUUCUGUAUAUUGGUUUUGUGUUCAGCACCUAGACGAUGUGGAGUGGUGGGCGUGAUCUAAAAACAGUGCCCAUUUGCUUAUCCUA